CCGUUGCGACGAGCGGCCAUUUAUUUGGCUGGUUGUCAUCGUGGGGUUUUGUUACGCAGCUCGUAAUCGUAUUCUUCUAACCUGUUGUCGGUUGUACAUACUCUGUAUAGAAUACUGAGGGAAUUUCAAGACAGAAGACAUCAUGCCGCUAAAGAAAGGCAAGAAGAAGAAAGGUGGGGCAAAGAAGAAAGUGAACAAGGCAGAAAAGGCAAAGGAGAAACUAGAAAAGGCAUGUGAUCUCAUGACCUCACAGACUGACCUAUACCGGAACUUUCUGGACCGGAUGGACCGGUGGAUCGUUGCCAACAAGCAUAAGGCUGUGGAACUCUUCAAGAGAUUUGACAGAAACGGGGAUGGCGUGCUGACCUACGAGGAAUUCAAGUCGGGAAUGCUGGACCUCGAUGCACCUUGCAAUGCCCUGGAGCUGCAUAUACUAGCCAAGAGAUUGGACAGAGACAAGAACGAGACCAUCGACUACGUGGAAUUCUCUAAAGGGCUCAGCUUUGCCACUGAUGACGAGGAGACUAAAGAAACUGAGGAGCGCCCUCUGUUGACAAUAACCAAGGAGGUGCUGGAAGAGUGCCCGUGCUGUAAGCUUGGCUUAUGGAAACCCACUGUGGAGAAAUACCCUAAGUAUGUGUACAUCUAUCUCAAGUUUGCCACCUUCGACACCCUGCGGUCCUACCCAGGCCACUUCAGCGUGAUUGUUCACUCCCACCUGACCAUCUACGGCCUGAUGGAGAUCAUCAAGGAGCGCACUGACUUGGGCACCACCAAGCUCAGAGUCUUCUCAGACAAAUCCCGGGAUGCUUCCUGCCUGCUCCUACCUGACAAGACCUUGGAGCAGUGUGGCAUCCAAGGCGGAACCCGCACCAAACCGGAGGAAACGGUGCUGUACUAUGAUUACUCCACUGAGUUCCAUGACUGUCCCUUGCUUAUGUCAGAUUACUAUUUCAUGUCAUAGCUCAUUGCUCAGUGCCUUCUCAGUCCAAGAAAGUCUACUUCACUUGCUCUUGCCAGAAAAGCCCCAGACAAGUGUUGCAUCCAAGAUGGGACACACACCAAGCCAGAGGAGACAGUGCUGUACUCUACCGACUUCCACGACUGCCCCCGUCUCAUUCCGAUUACUACAUCAUGUCAAAGCUCAUCGCUUCAUGUCUCCUGAGACUGGUCCCAGAAUGCAUCCAGCCUGCUCCUGCCGCAUAAGACCCUGGAACAGUGUGGCCUCCAGGGUAGCACAUGCACCACAUUAGAGGAAACAGUACUGUACUGUUAUUACUCGACAGAGUUUCAUGACUGUCGCUGCUCAUGUCUGAUCACAACUUUGUGUCAUAGAUCAUUGCUUAGUGCCAUCUCAAGUUCGGGGAUGCUGUCUGCCUGCUCCUGCUAGGCAGUUCCUUGGAAUAGUCCUGCAUCAAGAUUGAAAUGCACCAAACUGGAGGAGACAGUGCUGUACUGUGAUUACUCCGAGUUCUACGACUGUCCUCUGCUCAUGUCGGAUAAUUCAUGUACUGCUCAUUGCCAGCAAUGCAUCACUGAAAUGCACUUUCAUCUUUGUGUCAGCAGGAGUUGCCUCAUGCACUGCCUAUAUGGACUCCAUGCAAGAACUAUAGACUGCAAAGUGUAGCCCGAAUGCUUACAUGUAUAUACUUUGUGUAUAUGUACUUCGGUGGUUCAUAUGCACUAUUUCAUGAUGCCUGCAACAGGGCCCUAUCUGUUCAACACGUUUGAUAGCUUCCCUCUCCUGGCUUGAUUGCUGACAAAGACAGAAGGUUUAACUUUGAUAGACUUGCAAUUUAAUUCUUUAGCAUACUGCGGCAGAACAUAAAAUACUCCGGCAGAACAUAAAAUAGAAGGUUUGGGUAUUUUACAUGAUAGUGGUUUUACUCCAAAUACUCCGGGGGGAGGGGGGGGGGUCUUUAUAUUCAUCCUCGGCUGCUAGAAUAAGGCCUUUGCCUCCUAGGUUUUAAAAGUGUUGCAGCGUUUUAGACGAGUCCUUUUUUCCAAGUACCGGGUACUGCCGAGUACUAAGGUUGCUGAGUACGAGUAGAGUUCUUCCGAGUAGAAGUACAGGUCUCCGAGUACAAGUAGUUGUACAUACGAGUACGAGUACUCUAAAAAAGUACUUGAGUAGUACUCGAGUACGAAUACCGAGUACAAGAUUACAGUCCUCUGGUAAUAUUUUGACUUAAACUGUGACCAAGUCAUUAACCCAUUUUUUUGGGUGGAUACUCACUGAAAAUGAUUGAAAAGUACCCAAAUAUUAAGUUGAAUUGAAUAUCGCCAUGGGUUAAAUAGUUAAAAAGAACACUAUGCCGUGUAAAUCCCGUACUAAAUACGGCUAUUGCAAGGGAUACCUCUGAAUCUAUUUUAAGAGUAGAUAGCCCGGAUUGGACUACAUGUGUGUGAGUAGCCACCAUUGAAGAGCAUGGAGUCAGAGAGUUUUAUAUUUUUUAAUCAAGUAUGCAAUGUUGUAUAUGAUAUUUUAAUGUUUUUGUACUGGAACUUCUUGGGUUUUUUUUUACAUGUGUACAUAGCCUGAAACUGUGAAUAAAGGGAAGAUGUUAAUUUUUCGAAUUAAGUAA